AGUCCAUUGCUGCCUGUUAAGAUUCAGCAAAGAAAUGAAAAGGAAUUUAGCUGACACCUCGGCUCGCAGCACAGCAGGUUGUCUGCCUGUACCACUGUUCAAUCAGAAAAAAAGAACUAGACAGCCCCUCACUUCAAAUCCACUUAAAAAUGAACCAGGGACUGGUUCUGGGACUCGUAGUUAUGACUUCUCUCCCUCAUCAUUUGGCUGGGGAGCUGCAAACCCAGAAGUGGAUGAACUGCAGAAAGCAGUAAACAGUGGCCAAGCAGAACAUCCGAUGGCUCCUUCCCUUAUGAAACCACCAAAUGCAUCAAAGUUUAAUUUAGCAAAUGCUGGGAAAAACGUGUCUGCCUGCAGGAACAGAAAUGAAUAUACUCCUUUAGGUAAAACAGCAACUUCAAGAUCUGAUAAUGGAACUUCUCAGAAGUUUGAGAACUUUCCAAGCAGUUUGAAAACUGUCCAGCAGCAAAACCACCCUGACAGUCGUAACCCAUCCCAGCUCAUCAAAACAGACACAUCCAAAGGAAAGUGGCCAGUGAAACCCAACACUGUGGCAAGAAGUCUGCAGGAUCAUAGUCCAGCAUAUAAAUUUAACUACAAUACCCAGCAAAAUAAAAUGAAUGAAAACCAAAUUGGUUGUGUCCCAGAAGAUAAAAGUCAGGAAAUUUCAUCAUCUCAAGUGAAAACUAAAAUAAACAAGAAUUCUUUGCGGAUCCUGUCUGCAGUCAUUCAGAGUGUGAGGCACUGGAGCCAAUAUGCCUAUAAAACUGCACUGUUAUUUGAAGUUUUAGGCACACUGGAUUCUGCAGUCACACCUGGAGCAUAUGGAGCAAAGAACUUUCUUCUGAGAGAUGGAAAGGAGACCCUGCCUUGUGUGUUUUAUGAAAUUCAGCACAGCGAGCUGGGACAGCACACAAAGGAACAGUGGGGCUCCAUUUAGGCUCCUCGUGUAACACUCACGCCUCUGCACGGCUUUCCAACAACAAACAUCACUUUCAAAGGUGUCAGAACAGCAGCGAGUGCAUCUCACCGUUCUGCGUGCUGUAAUCCUGCUGUCACACAAGGUGAUGAGGCCACACAACAUAUUGGGGUCUGUUCUGCAGCAUGA